AUGGCCGACCCGCUGCUCCAGGGAGCCUACCCCACCAAGGGACUCUACCAGGCGCUCGCCAUCGCAGCCAUGUGCCUCCAGGAAGAUGCCACUAUGCGCCCCGCCAUCAGUGACGUCGUCACCGCGCUCGAGUACCUCAUGGUCGCAGGCGGAGGCGCCGCUGACGACGAGCCGGCUCCCUAUCCCAAUCAGCAGCAGCAGCAAAUAUAG